AUGGAGUUUGGCAACAGGGGUGUCUUAAAUGAGGAUGGAAUCCAUGUGGAUAUGGAAAGACUAAAGAAGGGCGAGGUCAACCUCGGAACUUCGAUCAUGGCUGUGACAUUCAAGGAUGGUGUCAUUCUCGGUGCUGACUCGAGAACUACUACCGGAGCAUACAUCGCGAACCGAGUUACGGACAAAUUGACCCAGGUCCAUGACACUAUCUGGUGCUGCCGAUCUGGUUCGGCCGCCGACACACAAGCCGUGGCUGAUAUAGUCCAAUAUCAGCUUGGUCUAUUCGCGAUGCGAAAUGGCAAACCCCCUACUACCCAGACGGCCGCGGCCAUCUUCCAAGAGAUCUGUUACUCGAACAAGGACCGGCUAAGCGCAGGUCUCAUUAUCGCGGGUUGGGAUGAGCGACACGGCGGUCAGGUCUACUCUAUUCCUCUCGGAGGCUCUCUACACAAGCAAUCGUAUGCGAUCGGCGGUUCCGGUUCGACUUACAUUUAUGGUUACUGUGAUGCGAACUGGAAAGAGGGAAUGGAAGAGCAAGAUGCUGUCAACUUCGUCAAGGGUGCACUGGGCGAGGCGAUUAAGUGGGAUGGCAGCUCAGGAGGAGUUAUUCGUAUGGUUGUCUUGACGAAGAAAGGGGCAGAUAGACACCUGUACUUGCCUGACGAGAACUACGAGGUGCGGCAUCAAUAG